UGCAUGGCAGCCGGGGAUGGUGCAUACAUGGUGGAAAACUCUCCAACAAUCCGAAGACCUACCCCAACUUUUCGCUUCCUUAUAAAUAUCCCUCGCUUCUCCUAAACUCUGCAAAUACUCUUUUCUCUGUCCUUUUAGUUACACACCUUAUAUUCAAUGCCAGAAAUUACCAGUCACAUCAACAAAGAUCUCGGCCCCUUGCCCCGUCCAGACCCCCGACUCCCAGAACACGUGCUUGAGUUGUUUUCCUUGAAGGGAAAGGUUGCCUCUAUCACCGGUUCCUCCCUGGGUAUUGGUUACUCUGUCGCGGAAGCCUACGCCCAGGCUGGGGCUGACGUUGCCAUCUGGUAUAACACCUCCCCCGCCGAUGACAAGGCUGCUGAAUUGGCUGCCAAGUAUGGGGUCAAGUGUAUUGCGUACAAGUGUGCUAUCGGAGACGCUACCGAUGUCGCCAACACUAUCAAGCAACAGGUAGAAGACUUUGGUACCAUUGAUAUUUUUGUGGCUAAUGCGGGUGUUCCGUGGAGAUCUGGUCCUUUGGUGGAAUUGGCUGGUGGCGAAGGGUCCGAUGCCGCGUGGCACCGCUUGGUAAACAUCGAUUUGGACGGUGUUUACUACUGUGCCAAGAACAUUGGUAAAAUUUUCCAAAAGCAGGGUAGUGGUUCCUUCAUCAUCACGGCUUCCAUGUCCGGCCACGUCGUCAACGUUCCUCAAAAACAGUCUGCGUACAACGCCGUUAAGGCUGCUUGCCUACACUUGGGUAAGUCCUUGGCCGUGGAGUGGUCGCACUUUGCCCGUGUCAACACUAUCUCUCCGGGCUAUAUAGUUACCCCUAUUGCUAAAAAUAUCCCACAAGAAAGAAUCGAUAGUUGGUUGCCGUUGAUCCCAAUGGGUAGAAGGGGUUUACCACAGGAAUUAGUGGGUGCUUAUUUGUAUUUGGCCUCGGAUGCCUCCACUUACACUACUGGUACCGAUAUCAUUGUUGAUGGUGGUUACUGUGCUCCUUAAAACAGACUGGUUAUCGACUCUCGAUAUCUCAAGUUACUGGAAUUUGGUACAAAGAUUCUUGAUAAAUAUGGACCAAGGUAGAGAUUUACCGUUGCGUCUAAACUAGAGUGAGCUUGAGGAAGAACUGUGUCCGUGGUUGAAGAUGUACACACACUCGAUCCUCUUACAGUCCGCUGGGUUGAAAAAAGUGUGUUUUCGUAUAUGGGAUCCCUGUAUUGAGCUUGUGUAUGGAAUUCCUAAAAAUAUUAUAAAUGGUCUUCAGUG